CGUUUCUCUGUUCUUUUCUCUUUCUUUCUUGUCUGUAUUAUAUUCUUGGUCGCUGUAUGACCAAUCCUCGCCUUCGUUCGUCUUCUCUUCCCCCGACACUAGAACCCGAAAGAAAAACCCGCCAAUGUCCCUCUUCCGAUGACCGUUCUCCUUCCAUAGAGGAUUGAAAUUGGUUAGAGUCGUUGGAAGACACGCAAAAUGUCUUCUCAAUAUAGUGCGGAGCUAUGCGCGCUCCUUGUCGAAGAUAAUUUCGGGGAGCUAUUCGCGCGCAUCUUCUCGACCCUCGUUCGCUAUGAUCGACUUUCCUUGCCCCGCCUCAAAUUCUACUCCCACCUCUCCUACCCCCAGCUGCGCCAUGGCAUCGCAGCGAUGAUUCAACAGCACCUCGUCUACCACUACACCUCUUAUGACGACGGGUUCACAUACUACACGCCCAACUUGCAAGCUGCCUACUAUCUCGUUCGAACCGGGAAGAUUCUCGAGUUGAUCGAGGACAGACUGGGGAAGUAUGCCGCUACCGUCAUGUCAGCCAUACUGUACCUCGGCCACGUCCAAGUGGGCAACCUCGAGGACCUUCCGGAAUUGCAGCCCGCGCCCACAGACAUAGACGGAGUCGAGGAGGAACAAGAAACGGAAGGGCAGACGAAUGGACACAACGGCCAAGAUAUUGCGCAUGCGGCCCGUCUUCAUCCAACGUUGAAGGCUCUGGCGGCCCACGGGUAUAUCAUCCGUGUCCGGGAAUCCCAUUUCCAGAGCUACGCCGACAACGUCCUGGACGCCGAACGGGUGAUCAAAGCGCGACCGGACAUCAAACAGCUCAAGGGGAAAAAACUAGACGAGGCAGUCAUCGAAGCCACACUUACAAUGCUCAAGGAGCGCAUGGACGGCGACCUCACCCGUGGACUGGUGUUCAAUGGUGUGCCCCGAGGUGUCAAGCGACGGCCCGAUGCCAGAAACGGCGAUGAUCCUACCAAGAAGGCACGGAGUGACUAUGCCGCCGUUGACGAGGAGGACGAACACGACGAUGAAUGGUCAGACGACGAACUAGACGACGAGAUCCCCAUGGAGUCUACCCUGACGGUCCAAGUGAACUACGACAAGCUAGACGUCGCCCUCCGCAACCGUCGUUUCCUAGACCUGGCCGAACGCGACUCGUCGUCAGCCACGAUAGAAGUCUACGACUGCCUCCUCCGACGCAUCGAAUACCAAACCUCCAAAUGCCGAGACGGCGUUGAAAUCCCCCGCGAGGGCGAAGAAGGCGAACAAUACUCCGCCCCCAUCGCCCUGAGCGCAGUAGCCGACGACGUCGAUCCCAACCUAGACCUCGCAGCGAGCAUCGGCCCCAUGGACGCAUCCCAACCCGGCCUCCGACGCGGCAAGCGCCCCCUGGACGACGACGACCACAUGAACGGCACCACCGACCACGCAGCCGCCAACACCCUAGCCUCCAAGGGCAACCGCACCUACGAAGUCGACCAGCACCUAAGCCUCCUCGCGCAACCGCCCCACAACCUCACCUCCAAGCGCAACAUCGGCGGCCUCCCAAGCUGGACAAUCGAGUUCCGCCAUCUCGCCCGCAAACUGCGGCACCUGGAGCUCGAGCGCAUGAUCGAAGCGCGCUACGGCGACGUCGCCCUGCGCCUGAUCCGCGUCCUACACGCCAAGGGGAAACUCGACGAGAAGCGGCUACAGGAGAUCAGUCUCCUCCCGUUCAAAGACCUCCGCCAGGUCCUGGCAAACAUGCAAUCCGGCGGCUUCGUCGACCUCCAGGAAGUGCCCCGCGACGCACAGCGCCAGCCCUCCCGCACGAUCUACCUCUGGUUCUACGACCCUGACCGCGUCCGCAGCAGCAUGCUGGAAGAUACGUACAAGACGAUGUCCCGCUGUCUGCAGCGUCUUCGCUUCGAGCGCGCCCGCUUAAAAGAGUUCCUGGAGAAGACGGAACGGAGUGACGUCAAGGGCAACGAGGAACGGUAUCUCUCCGAGGCGGAGCUGACUCUCCUAGAGCAGUGGAAAGCGAAGGAGGCGCUGUUGGUGGGCGAAAUCAGUCGUUUGGAUGAGAUGGUUGCUGUAAUGAGGGAUUAUUGAAACAAACAAAAAAGAAGGCUGGUUAUUGAUUGGGUUUUGAGGGAGGGGAAAGGGCGAGUUUCUCUUCCCUGGCAUUUGAUGUCUUGCAUAAAUAAAAGCAUAUGCGAUUUGGAAUAUUUAGCCAUUUUUCAGCUGGAAUACUACGCUGUUUGCAU